AUGAGCUCUCCCGACGAGGUGUCCGUUUGGGGGGCCAGUUUCGACCUGGAGGGUGGCGAGCAGGCUGGCACCGGCACGGUCAGCCCCAGAGCCCCACAGGGCCACGGCCAUGGCCGAGGCCUCAAUUUGGGGGCACCGCGCAGCGGCAAGGGCCAGAGCAGGUUCACAGAUCCUGAGGGCUUCAGCUUCGAGCCUGAGAGCGAUCCCAGUGGGAGUGGCGCGCUGAGCCCCAGCCCUGGAGAAUGGCAGCAGGCCUCUGCCGGUCAUCUCCACCUCAGUGGUCCUGGGCCAGGCCGGGCCUGGAAGAACCCAGAAAGGGGCUCGAAGAGCAGAUGGAGCUUCCAAGCGGAUCCCCAGCAGCCUUCUGCAAAAGGCCCCACCAGGAUGUCUACCCACGACUCUGAUUCUUCCGAUGAGACCAGUGACUUACCACUGAUGAGGAUGGGCAUUCGCCACAAAGAAGGAAGCCAAGCCAAGUCCGGCAGCCGCAAGAAGGCAGCAGACACAUCCAGACACACAGGCUUCCACUGCAAGGAGAGUUACCUGCCCGUGCCGGGCGGUUUCCUGACCUCUGCUCCCCGCGGACUCACUCCAGUCGUGGAGAGGCCGGCUGUGGGAGAGCUGGAGGACUCUCCCCAGAAGAAAAUGCAGAGCAGGUCCUUGGGAAAGGUGGAGGCCAGGCCCAGCUGCUCAGGAGUUGCCACUGCAGGGGCCGUGCCCCGGGGCCCUUCAAGGAGGAAGAUGGCCCAGGAGAAGAAGUCCCUAGGGGGUGCCUCUCAGCUGGCCCUGGGAAGAUCCUUUCCUGCCUGCGGAGAGAGACUCUCAGCCGCUCCCCCGGAGCCGGCCACCUCCCAGCCCUUGUCUGGUGUGCGGCCCCAGGGGAUCUCCAAGAAAUGACAAAAGCCUAAGCACAGCAGCCCUGGGAAGAAACCUGCAGGAAGGAAGACCAGGGAGUCCCAGGUUGUGGCCAGAGAAGAUAAUGACCCAAAUAGAGAUGAGGUCCCAAGGGCCCAACUUCCCACACACAGGCCAGGGCUGCCUUGCCUAUCCGUGCAUCGUGGAGAACUCAGCAGUCGCAACCCCAACAUCAGAGCUCCCCAAGUUCUGGGAACUUCAGAGCCCUCUGCCUACAGCUUGGGAGGCCUCCUGCCCAGACGCCAUGCACCGUCCGGUGACCAGCAGCCACCUGUCCAUCCUCCAAGACCAGAAAGGCAGCAGCAGCCCCCGGGAGCCCCGGGCUGUCCUCGGUGCAUCCAGCUGCAGAGGGAAAUUGAGGACCUUAGAGACCAACUAGCGGCCAUGCAGUCCUUCACUGAUAAGUUCCAGGACCUUUGA